UAUGCUACAUGGCUAAAGUACCGGCGAUACCAUAGGUAACCGCAACGCAAUGGAUCAUCAAGUAUAGACAAGUUUAGAUAAGAAUAUUUUGAGUGUAUUAAGGUCUUAUUAAUUUUUGACGGUGCAUUGGAGUACGCCUCAGUGAGCAGUGGCUAAGAUGUCCGGCUUUGAUGAAAAUCCUUUUGGGGAACCGAAUAUCAAUGAUCCAUUUUCAGAUCCUGCGAUAAGGAGGGCUGUAUCUUCUACUCCAGCUAAUAGGGGUUUAGAAGAUUAUAAUCCUUUUGCGGAACAAGGUUCACAAGGAACUGCACAAGUCAGAGGUGCUUCAAAUCCUCCCAUCUAUGGAGGUAUUGGAGCUACACAGCAACCAGCUACACUACAGACUUCAAAUCAAGAACCUCCUGCAACUAAUUAUGCCCGUACUCCACAACAAACAGUAAAUACAUCACUUGGAAGCACAUUAUCCCCUACUUCAGAUGUAAAUCAAAGAUCAGAGCCAGGAUGGAAACCAGGAACAGAAGAAGACAUAAGGAAUACACCAUACUAUCCAAAAAGGAACAAUUGGCCACCUCUACCUGACAAAUGCUGCUGCCAACCUUGCUUCCAUCAAGAUAUCGAUGUGGAAAUUCAUACAGAUUUUCAGAAGGUAGUCAGACAACUAUACCGUUUAUGGAUGUUUCAUGGCUGUAUUUUAAUUCUAAACGUUAUUGGCGGAUUUAUUCUACUGUUAUGUACCGGAGCAUUUUCAACAUUUGGUCUUGGAAUAUUGUAUUUAAUACUUUUUACUCCGUUCUCGUUUUUAUGCUGGUUCAGACCAGCAUACAAGGCUUUCAAAAACGAUAGCUCCUUUAACUUCAUGGUAUUUUUCUUCGUCUUCUUCUUUCAAUUAAUCGUCACAGGGAUUCAGGCCAUAGGCAUUCCUGGCUCCGGAACUUGCGGUAUUAUACUUGCUAUCACGAUGUUCGACAACACAGCUAAAGGAAUAUUCCUUGGCUUUUUACUGCUCCUUAUUGCUCUUUGUUUCGUACUUGCUGCAUGCGGAGAUCUGCUAUUAUUAACUAAGAUUCAUCGCAUAUAUCGCUCGUCGGAUGCGAGCGUUUCGAAAGCACAACAAGAAUUCGCCACAACUUUCUUGCGCAAUGAACACGUGCAAAAUGCGGCAAGUAACGUCGCCGCCACUGCUGUCCGCGCCCAAAUGGCUAAUGCUGCUAAUCAACCACGCUAUUAAAGCGAUUUCACAACACUCCAGGAUUUAUUCUUCAGUAAUUUCGCGAGCACACUAUCGGAGAAUAAAAAGCAUUUUCCGAGUAGAGCGUAAGAGGAGGCAAGAAAGGGGAUCGUCUAAGAGACAACAUCCGAGAAAAAGAGAACGUCGAAGAGAAGCUGAGAGGGGUUGGUGCCAUCUUGUCCAGCAAGGAUUCCACGUCGUAUGAGGUCCUACGGUUUAAUAAUACAUCCCAGGACCGUUAAUCACCCUCGUGAAAUAUAAUUUAAUACCUGAGCGAACGAGUGCCGACCACUAAAAAUGACGAACGGCCAGGAAACACGCGGCUAACUCACCAGCCAGCCCCUUCAGCGCUCCGCUAUAAUCACCCCUUGCUGGUGGACGUGCAAUAACGAUAAAGGGUUGGGUAGUCCUGAACGAGUCUUUUGGUGUGACCGCUCGUGAAAGGCAUAUACUAGUUGGCUGUGCAUUACGUUCGUCCAAUGCCACCGUACUCAAUAGCCCCAAUUCGCAGGAUUCCUUCACAUUGGUAUAAAGGCCCUCCCACACCACUUUUGACUUUUCAACCUCUUCUUUUUUAUCCUCUUCUUCCUUUUCUCUCUCUCUCUCUCUCUCUGCCUUCAUUCGUUUUUCACUAUUAACGCCUUUUGCCCUAGGUAAUACACGAGCUUCAUACAUCGUAUCGAUAGCGUUGAUCUAGCUAGUUGGAUCGUCGAAGUCACUCGGUGGAAAGAUCGUUCUCUCUUCCUUUUUUCUUUUAUUAGUCAGAGAUCGUAUUGACGAUCCUGGUCGUUCCUUCUGGUUCCUCUUUCUUUCUCUUUCGAACCACCCUUGUCUAGCCGAGUGACGGCCAACGAAAUCGGGUUAAUGUCCACGACAAUGACCACGAUUUCGUCCAAUGAAAGCGUUCACGGGCGAUCUUCCUUCCGGAGCGGAGGCGCGCUUUUUAUCGGCACCGACUGGCCGAACUGGCGAACUAGCAAUUGCGGAGGGGUGGUUUCCAGGCUGUAAUGGACUUCCAUGUACAAGGUGUUCACCACCGUUCCGGAACUCUCGUUACAAUCCUUUUAACGAGAUCUUUUUACCGGCUCGACCGAGUCGUUUGUUAUAGUACAUACACUGGAGAGGGUCAUCGCGUCAUUUCAUGUUGCUUUUUUUAGUUUUGUGUAGCUACUCGGGAAUCUAGUCCUCCAUGAACAUUUAACUUUUAUACUAAUGUACUGUAGAUACAUGGAAAUGAAAAUAAAGAAACUAAGAACGUUAUCAAACAAACUGAAGUUGCAAGGAUACAAAUAAUUUAAAAAAUUGUCUUGUUGUUGUUUAAUUGCCUGACUAAUUCAUUACUAGUGUUUUUAAAUAGGAAAGUUUCUAUCCUUGUUUUUACCAGUUUUUCUUACGAGAGUUCAUUAAUUGAUCUUCCAAAAAUAGAUCGUUUCGUUAAUUGAUAUUAUGCCAAUCGAGAUUAUACGAUGCUUAAUCAUGUUUCUAUCUGAAUAAAUGUCAAUAAAAUUUAUGCAUAUGUUUAGUAAUUGAAAAAGCAAAGAAUCUUCGUAACUCUAGUGUCUAUUCAUUUAUUAUCGACGAUGUAUAGCGUUUGCGAAAAAUUAUGUCACUUUUUGUAGCGUUUCAAGUAUCAUUACCUAAUUCUUUUACGUCUGACAUAAUGAACCGUUCGCAAAGAGGGUGGUAAGCUACAUGAGUCGUUCUAGUUUAUCAUAAUGGCUAUAAAUAAAGGCAUUAAGUAUGGCCAUGAACGAACUACUCGAUCGUGUAGACUUCCCUUCUUCCAGACCUCCCCAGCUUCUACAUAAAUUGCCGAAAUAUCUACACGAGCUGUCGAACGUGAGCCACAGCGUAGCAGGGGUUCUUUAGACGGGGUAAUAAAGAUAUAAGACAGCGUUUUAUAGGCUGACGUCGUAGUUGGGUUCGAAAGCGCUUGGCAGAUGCCAUUAGCGAUGGUUACGAAUAAUGUUUGAACAAAUACAACAUUAUAUCCAAUACAUUUUUUCUCUCAUUUUCUCAAAUAAAUCCUAAUUUUGAACUAUUUAUUUCCAGCCUCUUUUCUCCUAAUAACAUCUAAUAUCGAGUAUCGAAAUCAUUAAGCGUACGAUAGAAAAUUCCUCAUGAUAGAAAGUUCUAAAAGUUGUUCUCUACGCUCGAUUUCCAUUUAGAAUUUAGGACAACUCCCCAAAAACCGUAGGCUGGUGUUUUCGAAGAAAGAUACCCGGGUCGGUUCAUAAAUCAUUAUUUGAUUUCGUAACAAUGAUAUUAUCCCGGUUGAUUUUGCUCCACGCCAGGAAUGCUCGUUUCUUUCCCCUCUUAACCAUUUCUCAAUUUACGAGAGCAAACCGUUGUUAGCGCAACAUUCACCCAGGAGAGGAGAGGUUGAUUUAUGCGUGGUUCAAACAAGCCACUAACCUUCGUAUGUUCGCGGUCAAAGCGACUUAAUACGAGUCGAUGAAAUAUUUAUACGCGGGGGCAUCCUUAUUUGGUUUUUCUUCUAGCGAAGGACCAUGCCUCCCGCAAUCAAAUUUUGAUGAGCUAUUAACAGGAGAGAUUCAUAGAGGGGACUAUACACAUCGAAGACAAUUAUGGUAGAGAGACUUGUAACGAAGGUUUAUGAAAAAAGUAUGCUAAACGCGAUCGUAUCUUCGUUAUGGGAAAGAAGGACACGCGAUGACCACGUAACGUAUGUAUAUCGUUAUCCGUGGAAGAUGUAAAUUCAGUAGGAGAACUUCAUUUUCAUCCAUCUUGCUUUGUCCCUGUCACGCUGAACGUAGAUUCUAGCCGCUGGUAUGAAAAAUAGACGUUCACCUUUAACGGUACAUAAUGCUUCGAAACGAUGAACAAUAUUUCCUGCUACGCGGCAUCGUUAGAAUGAGAAUAAAUUUCCAUUUUGAGCACGCAGACGACACAGUAUAUUAAACUGCUCCCUUCUAAAUUUCCCGCCCAAGACUCGGCGCGAUAUAUUUUAGACUGAAACCCUCUUAAAGAGAUCCCUCUGAACUCCCUGUUGUACAUUUGUCGCCUGCUAUAAUAAUUCAAUUGGCUGUCUUUCGUUAUUAAUGCAUCUAUCGAUUUUCCUUUCUUUCUUCAGAAUUUUUACGACGGUCGUCUGUCAAUUAGCCUGUCAAUUUUCGAACACUUUUCAAAUGGACCGGGAUAUUACUCUGGUGAAAGAUAGUAAGUGGAGAUGGUUGUAGAGCAAUCAAUUUGUGGCAAUCAAUUUGUAGAAAAUUGCUUUUAUUGCUCACUAUGUUCUCUAUGUUUUAUUUAAAGACAGGAAAAUGUUAUUCACUUUUUUUAGUAGAUAUAUACUUCUCUGUUGAAUUAGAAUGAGAAUAGGUAUACAAUUACUUCCAUGAGUUCAUUCACCGAAAGAAGAUAACCAUAAAUAAAAUAGAUUUUAAGGUAAAUUUAAGAUAUAGUCUCUACCAAAAACACAUUCCAAUCGGUUGGAAAUAAAAUCGUACGGAAUAAGUGUUACAGAGAAUACUGUAUGAAAUUCAAAUGCAAUAUUAUUUUUCGGAUAAAAAGAAAAAAAGAGCAAUUUACCAGUUUUAUACUAUUUUACGGUUAUUGCCUUUUUCCAGAAUUUAACAUCGUGUUCUUUUUACAAUCUCGAAUAAACUAUCGCUAUAACUUCCAUAAUAGAUCUAAUUACGAAAUUCUGUCUCCGCUCAUAUAUCUUACCCCUGUCGAAGUGAAACGAUCGUAAAAAAAUGAUGUGCACAAUUCAUGGCCGUAAGACAGAUCUCUUAUCUCUUUCGCCUUCCAACGAAUCCUCUAUUCGCGAUGUUUCGCGUCAGCUGAAAAAUCUAGGCCGAUUGGUGCUCGCUGAAACCGUAUAUAAUGUCGGUGUGGCGGCCGUUUAAAAAUUGAACAAGCCAGCUAUCGAAGCAGGGUUGCACCCCAUAAAUUAUCCGCAGGGGGUCGAGCGAUUCUUCUCGCGAAGCCGAUGACUCCGGGCAACCAAAGUCGCCUGGGAUCAUGAGUUAUGGCUGUACAGUGACUCUGCAACACGUUGUUGAUCGGCGUUCGCUUUGUGACAUCGCUUUUAAGCCGACCGGCCUUCUAUCUCGCGGCGUUUCCUUGACAUUUAUAUUUCUGACAUCGCGGCAGAGAUAUAUAACCACGAGCCGAGAUUUCAAACUGAACAUCCUAACAGAGGAUGGUGAUCGUUAAACGGAUCGAUACCUCGUUACGUAAUGAGCAAUUCUUUGUUCGUCCUCGACGACGCAAUUGAAAACGGUGUUUCAUUGUUAAGGAGACAAGAGAAAGGGAGAGUUUCAACGUUCGAUCCUUUUCUCUCGAGACCUCAUCUUCCCUUCUUCUCUUGUAGUUUCUUUCUCCCUUCCGGACGUAUACGUCGAGAGGAUCCCGUGUUUGAAUGUAACCUCCGAGUGGGAGGAUCGUUAUGUUCUUAUCCGGUGAUUCGAUGAACAAGAGAGGGGAGAGAAGGGAAUAAUAGCGAUUGGGAGGCGGCUUUUUCCAAUCGAACGAUCCUCGCGAGAUUAACGCCGGCCGUAAAUGCGGUAUUACGCUUAAAACGACGCAACGAUCAUCGUGAUGAAGUUUGUCGAUGCUCGAUAACAAUCCAAUCUAUGUAAUUUGCCGAUUCGCGCGACAAAGAGCAUCCGCGAUCGCGGCGUCGAAAUUUGUAUGGAUGUCCAACGAGGCAACGAAAUACGGCGUAAUAAUUUAUUAUGUUUUGUACGUAUUGAUAAUAUUUCUUUUCCGGCGGAAACGCGGAUAAAUAACAAUGCGGAAACUUCAAUUCCGUUGUGAAAAUUUCCACAUUUCGUAAAUACGGCUGUUUAAUUUCUCAUUUCCUCUUUGUUAGUUAAGGUGAAUUUACAUUAAACAACUUUUACAAAUC